UCAUCAUCAACAUGCAAAGCAAGAGUAACUCUUCCGAGAGCUCAAACACUGCUUCAAUCCGCAGGGCAAGCGUUGGUACUCUGUUGACGUUGAACCAACCUGAUAUUUACUUCUGCUCUCGUUGCUCAAGGGGCUUCCCUUCCUCUCAGUCCUUGGGAGGCCACCAAAAUGCUCAUCGAAAGGAGCGAAGUGCUGAGCGCAGGCAGCUUUUAGGAAAACGCAAACUCAAAAAGUUUAUUGCUGAUGUGCCAAUUCUCCCAUCUCAGCCUGUUUCAGUUGUUCCACCACCAACCUCCUUUUCCGAUGAUCAUGGCCACCAAAUCCUUUCCCAUGUCGCUGUACGCCUGGACCCUAGCCAUGGUUCUUUAUCCAGGUUGGAAAAGUUCUUGGAUUUUCAUUCCCAUAUUGGGCAAAGCUUUGCUAGUCAUCCUCCUCCUCCUGUGUUUGCUGGUAUGAAGGUUGCAGAUGAUCAGGUCCAUUAUCAUGGAAUGGAUCUCAACAAUGAAUUCCUUGAUGAGAUUCCAUGUGGUAUUCCUCUUGAAAACCACAAUCUCAUGCCAUGGGACAUGGAUAUGUGUCCAUACAGCAACUCUAAUGAGGUCAUGAUUGAAAUGGGUGUUCCCCUAGGAGAGGUUUCAUCAUCAACAAAUGCGAUUGAUGAAGCAGAUACUUAUGUCAUGAAGGAAAAGGAGAUUGAUAAAGUCACCUUGGAUAGAGAGUUGGACUUGGCUCUGAAGCUCUAAAUAAAAUUACAUAUCAGCAGUUUAAUCUAAAAAUCAAUGUAUUAUAAGUUAAUCAUAUAUGGGUGUAGUUGUACUUCUUGGAUUAUCCUUCGUUGAGUCAUCCAUGAGCUACUAGAAUUAACGAUAAGUUUUAUGUUCUCCCUAGCUCCUUGUAUGCAAGAAUAUAUGUAAUCUU